CCAAGCCCUAACGCACGUUGAACCCAGCAAAACUACUGGCUCUCGCGCGCUCGCUCGCUCUUCGCACCUCGCCGUCUCUCUCAGUUCGGCUCGGCGCUUGGUCUCCCUCCCUACAACUCCACUCUCUCCGCCACUGAAAUCUGUACAUCUCUUUCGUUUUCUCUUGACCCUCAACAUCGACUCCCUGCAUUCUUCUAGCCCACCUUUUGCCGCUCUGUACUGUUCCCGCGUUUCAUCUUCCGUUAAGCCCCAAUCCAUUUCCUGGAAGAAACUUCAAUCAUGGCGUUCUCAAGGAGCUUCGUUCGCCCUCACCGCCGUUCAAUUCUUCAGGAUCUCAUGGUGUAAUUGAGACGCUGGAAACAAGUACAGCUUGCAGGGACUCUGCCGGAUUGAGCCCUUUCAGUUCUUGUUGGUCAAAGUAAAUCAACCUCCUCAACGAAAGCCUGAAAUAUGAAGCGGGUGUGUGAGUCGGAGUACAGUGCUGAUAGAAUCACUGACCUUCCUGCCGACGUGAUACAGCGCAUUCUUAUGUACUUACCCAUUAAAGAUGCCGCCAAAACUGGUGUCUUGUCACGUAAAUGGAGGUGCCACUGGAGAAGGAUUCCUGAACUUGUCUUUGAUGAUGAUUUUGCCCAAAUCUCUAGUGAUUUGGCUGAAUCUGAAUCGAAAGUUAUGAAUAAGCAAGUGAUGUUGAACAUCUACAGAUCUCUGCUUCUUCAUGACGGGCGAAUAACCAAGUUCGUGCUUUCGGUCCCUGGAUUGAUCGCCUGCCGUGAGAUUGACCAAAUCAUUCUUUACCUUUCUACCAAAGGUGUCCAACACUUAAAGUUUGUGUUCACCGGUGGUAAUGACGAGGAAGAAGGCGAUUUUCAGAUGCAUUCUUCCCUGUUUUCUGUUUCUCGCCUGAAAUCCCUGAAACUUCAGUCCUGUGAAUUUAAGCCACCAUCUUGGUUUGUGGGCUUCACUAACCUCACCCGUCUUGUAUUAGAAUAUGUUACAUCGCCCGUUGAUUUCUUCAGGGAUUUCCUUCCCAAGUGCCCGAUGCUCGAAUACUUUAGGGCGAUAUAUCCCGACGGGCCUGCUGGUCAGCUUGAAAUUGUGGCUCCAUUUCUCAAAUCCUUCAUCUUUGUGGGGUAUUUUCAGAAUAUCAGCUUCAAGUGCACUCCACUUCUGUCAUACGUAGUACUUCAUUUGACUGAGAGCGAGACACCUGAUUUGGUAUCUUUAUUUGCUUCUCUCCCGGCACUCGAGCAGCUCUAUGUUAACAAUGAAGUCAUGAAAUACCUUGCUCCAUCUGGAAGGAAUUCUCCCACCCGGCUUCCUAUUCCUCUUCACCGCUUAAAAGUCCUCGAGAUGAAUACUCUCGUCUUUGAUGGUUCCCCGAUGGAGUGUGUUUUUGUUUCUCUAAUCAUGAGCUCCCCCAACUUGCAUAGGCUCACAGUUCAGCUAUGUGAUCAGCCCGCAGGCAGUGAAGUUAGCUGCUUGCGAAGCUUGUUGGAAGCAGGGGACUGCAGGGGAUCUGAUUGCCUUCAACAUCUGAGGAAGUUCAGAAUCGAGGAUAGCCGUGGUACUCAGGUCGAGCUGGACCUUGUGCGGUUUGUACUAGCCACUGCCUCACUACUUGAGUUGAUUCACAUUACACCUUAUAAAAAAUUGGGCACCAAGAAGGUUACCAAGUUCAUGAAGGAGGCGAUACAGUAUAAGCGAGCUUCUAAAGAAGCGGAGGUUAGAUUCUAUUGGGAUGACGACGAGGAGUGACAAUUCGGUCUCCCCUCACUCAACUCCUCACUUCUAGAGUUGCAAUGUUGGUGGAUAGAUGUGAAGAUUUCUAUAUAAGCAGCAUAAUUCAGAUUUUCCAGUUGGUCAAGCUUGCUCUAUAUAAUUUGGUGAUGAACGAAACCAAUUCUGUUACAUGGUGUAUUAGUGGUUUCGUACAAGUAGACUCGGAUUGAUUGCCACAGACACUCUACUGCUUUCUCCCAAGUUACGGCAUUGGAGCUUUCUUCGGCCUCGGAUUGAUUUCCUGCUUGCUUUGUUCUGCAAUUUCCCGCCUUCCUUCCUACAAGCAGGUAGCCUGAAAGAUGCAGCGGCUCCGCGAGUCCUGUGCUGAUGAUAGAAUCACCAACCUUCCUGCCGACGUGAUGCAUCGCAUUCUCGUGUUCUUACCCAUCAAAGAUGCCGCCAAAACUAGCGUCUUGUCGAUGCAAUGGAGGCAUCGCUGGAGAGGUAUUCCUGAACUUGUUUUUGAUAGGGAGUUUGCCAGCAUUUUUGGCAAGGUUAAAUCUGAAAGGGAGGAGAUGAGUAGGCGUGCAAUGACGAACAUCUACCGGUGCCUGCUUCUUAAUGAUGGGGCAGCAGUGACCAAGUUUGUGCUCGCAAUACAUGGAUUCAUCCCCUGCAACCACGAGAUCGAUCUCCUCCCUCUUUACCUUUCCAACAAAGGUGUCCAACAUUUCACCUUGAACUUUGACUCUGCCGAUGAAUGUCUCUACGACGAAGAUUGUGUUGACCUAUACAAAUAUCAAAUGCAUUCUUCCCUGUUUUCUGCUCUUCACCUGAAAUCCCUGCAACUCCAGGCUUUGGUGUUUACACCACCGCCCUGCUUUGUCGGCUUUAGUAAGCUUACCUUUCUCGAAUUUGGCUAUGUUAGAUUGCCCCUUGAUUUCUUCGACAGUUUCCUUCCCAAGUGCCCGAUCCUUGAAUCCUUGAGGCUUCGAUGUUGUUGGGGCCAUGCUGUUGAGGUUCGUAUCAAGGCACCAUUUCUCAAAUCCUUCCACUUUUGGGGGUUUGAACUGGUUGCUAUCAGCUUCGCGGAUACUCCACUUCUGUCAGACCUGUUACUUCAUUUCCAUCAUUGUCGCGUACCUGAUAUAGCAUCCUUAUUUGCAUCUCUCCCGGCUCUCCGGCAUUUCUUUGCUAACGGUGCAGUCCUGAAAGUAAGUUCCUUUGCUAUUUUCAAUUCUUACAUAUAUAGAAGCCUUCUGCUGGGUUGCUGCUGCAACUCAUUCAUGUCGUUGUAAUAUCACUAUGUCGUUUGUAUCGUUGUUUUUCUCCUAGGACCUUGCUGCUGGUGAUGGGAAGAAUGUCCCCACCAGGCUUCCUACUCCUCAUCACCAGUUACAAGACCUUUACCUGAAAUCUCACGCCUUUGAAGGCCCUGGAAUGGAGCGCGUUUUAGUUUGUUUGAUCAUGAGCUCUCCCAACCUGCGCAGGCUCAGAAUUGAGGUGAGCCCGAGAGAUGAUCAGCGUUCAAAUGAUGAAGUUAGCAGCAGCUUAUGGAGGUUGUUGGAAGCAGCAGGGGACAGCCCUGGAUCUUCUGCUUGCCUUCAGCAUCUGAGAAAGUUCAGAAUUAAGCACAGCCUUUGUACACAGGUUGAGCUGGACCUUGUGAGGUUCGUCCUGGCCACUGCCCCACUGCUUCGGUUGGUCCAUGUUAAUCCUGGAUUUGCAAUGGCGGCCGAGAAGAUUAUGAAAUUCAUGAGCGAGGUGAUGCAAUAUACACGUGUUUCUAAAGAAGCAAAGGUUAUCUUUGACAAUGAUACACGUGAUGACCCCUUUACUUAUGCAGAGAGCCAACUUUGACAGCAGUGUUGAGACCACCUUUUAUCUGGAACAAAACUAUCCGGUGCUUUAGCCACCUCUCUUCUUUCAGCAUGUUUGUUCCAUCUAAGAUGCGAGAGUAUAUAAAAAAAAUUUGCAUUGUUAGUGAAGUACUAAAUUACUCCUAUCCAUAUGAGCACCUGGUUUUAUUGUAACAAAAUUUAAUGAUAAGUUGAAUUAGAUAAUACCUUUUCUAUUUUA